AUGGGUACUCUCAUGAUACCCAAGACCAAAGGACUUACCUUAGAGACACAUUUCUCUGAUCCUGCUCACUACCUCAUUAUUGUGGGUGUACUCCAAUACCUUACUCUUACUCGUCCUGACCUCUUUUACAGUGUUAAUUUUGUUUCUAAACUUAUGCAUUCCCCUAUUGAAGCCCAUUAUAAAAUGGUCAAGCGCAUCAUUCGGUAUUUAAAAGUUACUGUUGAUCUUGGUCUUCAUUUUAGUUCCCAUUUUACACUUGAUCUUUAUGCCUUUUCAGAUGCAGAUUUGGCAGGUUGCCCCCUCACCAAACAUUCCACUACCGGCUACUAUGUCUUUCUUGGUAGCAAUUGCAUAUCCUGGUUCGUAAAAAAGCAACAUACAGUUUCUCAAUCAAGCUCUGAAACUGAGUACAGAGCAAUGACCCAUACUACUGUUGAGAUAACUUAG